CUAAUGAAUUGUAUUAAUCACAUUAGAAAAUAUUUUAUGGAGUAAUGUAUUUGUUUAUAUUAGUCAAUGGUUCCUGAAUACGAUUGUUAGAAAAUAUGCAUGUAUGCAAAUGAUAUAGUGGAUAUUUUUAAACUUACUUACAUCUGUACAUACGGCAUGUAGGAUACGAUUUACAUAUUACCGGUACCAGUCAAUCUGGACGGAGUCACGGAAUGGAAGGACCAGUGCCAAAAUAGCUUAUAAUCGGGAAAUUAACUUACGAUUGACACGAAAUGCGGUUGUGAACACCAGAACACGGGCGCAUGCCCCGCUUUCUGACCUAGCCUAUAAUGCCCAUCAGCUGGGUCCAACACCAAAUAGUUGGCAAUUGCAGCUCUUUAGACUAUAUGUUAAAUUUCUUUCUAUUCAUUUCAGACAUAAUACAAACAUUUUUUAUAUUGAUUAUACGAGGGUCACAAUCUGGGUUGAAUAGUUUUGUUAUAGCCACACAGAAACCAUGAGUCCUUUUGUAACCCACGAACCAAAAAAAGGCAUAGAGCGAAAUGAUUCAGAAGAAAGACGUACAGUACGACUGUGCCAAGAUGACGUGGAUGGAGACACCCAAACAACACACCGAUGUCCAAAUUCGACUCUUUCGCCUAACAAGCGAAAAGAGGGAAGAGCGUUCAAAGAUACUCAAGAUGAAGACAACCCGUCAACAGUUGCAAAAGUUGAUGAAAGUCCAGAUCCACCCGAUAUACCGCAUGAAAAAGGUCGCAUCAAAGUUCCAAAUGAUAGUAACGACCACCCGGAGACAAAACAUAGUUCAGAUCAUUCACUUCAAGUUUUUGAAAAUGAAUCUCCAGGGAAAGGAACACUGUUUACAGAAAGUCAAAAUGAAUGUGAGGGAAGCCCAGAAACUCCCAGAUGUCAAAAUGACGACCAGGAAAUUCCUGAAGAUCAACAUCGAAACCAGGAAGUUCAUAGGGGUCAAACUCGAGACCAGGAAGCUCCUGAAGAUCCAAAUCAAGACCAGGAAAUUCUAAAGGGUCAAAGUGGAAAGGAAGAAAUUAUGAACGGUGAAGGUGAAACCAAAUUUCAUUCAGAUCAUCAAAAUGAAGGUAAAGAGGCUUUGAAAAGGCCCGAUGAUCACGAUGGCAACCAAACUGGCAUUGAUGACAACUCUCCAACAAGCUCUACUUCACUCAGCGUUUCUAAAAUGGAACAGUCAAAUAAUACGGUAAAGGGAGCGUCAGUGCAAUUUCGGAAGAGAAAAAGCUCUGAAAUAAUGGAAAAUUGUAAAACCAAAAAAAUAAAUCUUCUUGAUGGUGAAAGUCUCAUUAAAAAUAGUCAAAAGUCUCCACCUAAGGUUGAAAUAUCACAAAAAAAAAAUGGAGACUUGGGCAUCCCGUCAAAACCAGCUAGUCAGAAGUUCGUAAGCAUGAAAAAGGUGAAGCACAAAUUGCACCGCAAAAACCGAACCAAGAAAAAUGGUAAAAGGCAUGUACAUGUUAAGAUAUUUUCAGAACCAAGAAUAAAUUUGGAAAAAGGGAAUUCAAAUAUCUUAACAAACACCUUCAGAAUGUUAUUUGUAUUCAUUAUAUCAUACUCACCUGGAAUCAUGUCAUAUUGGCUCAAAAAUCUACCCAGAAAACUCGAUCAAAACGACUUCAAAGUAUUGGUGGAUUAUUUGAGAGUUAAUACAGAAAAAAAGCGAAAAACGGCAAAAAAUUCGUUGGAACGAGAGUUGAAACGUUUACAAAAUCGUGGAAAUAAUAAAAGGCUUUGUUUAUUCUCAAUCAACCAUGCUCUUCUAAACUCCGAGAAGAUAAAACGAAUAAUUCGUAAAUUGAACAAACAAUUCCCUACCCAUUACUUCAGUGCAAUAAUAAAACAAAAAUUCCGGCCCCAAAAACUUUUCAUUUUGAAAAAGAAUAUCAAAACUGUAAACCCAGUCCCGAUAAGUGGACACCCAGAUUGUGUUAUCACAUCACAACCAAUAAUAUUUUCUGAGAACGGAGAAAAAUUAUUGUUGGCACCACCGGAGCCUGAAGAUGCUCGCAACAGGUCCACUCAACGACAGUACCAACAAUAUCGCCAAGUCGCUUCAGAUGGCAGAGUAUCCGACGAUGCAAGAGACCCACCAGGGCAACAAAGUAUUUAUAUUCCACCAGGAGACAACAGACUAGAACAAUACAGAUUAUCAACUUUUGAGCAUUUUCCUGUUACUUGCCCCACAAGCAGAAAAUCCUUGGCAAAAUCAGGGUUUUAUUUCACUGGCUUCUAUGAUCGAGUGAAAUGCUUUGCCUGUGGAAGAACAGUAGAACGAUGGAAUGAUACUGACAAUGCAUCAGAUAUUAGAUGGCAUAAAGAAAGUUGUCCAUUCCCAAGAGGAGAAGAUUGUGGAAAUGUUCCCAUCCGAAAUCUAUUCAGUGGAAUUAAUAUCUCUGGUGGUCGUUUCACUGCAGCAUCAAGCAGUGGGCAAAGUGAACAAGUCCUGCAGCAGAGAGAUCCUACAACUGGAGCAAUUACAAGAACUGUGAGAUUUCCUGCUGAUUUACCAGAAAGAGUCAGACAACAAGGCGGAACCUUCCAAAUCGGUCCCAACAACACGAUCCACAUCCAAAAUGGACCUAGUACUACUCGAGGGCGACUACCAGGUGUCCAACAAGCUCCUAUGCCUCCUAAUCAAUGGAGAAUGGCAAAUGUUAUUUCAUCUGAUCACAGAAGAUUUUUAACUAAUUUACAUUUGAACAGAGAACUUGACAGACUUGCAUCAUUUGCUCGAUGGCCUGUUGGUCGGCCCAAUGUGUCACCGGCAGCUCUUGCCAGAACAGGAUUCUUCUAUCUUGGUGACAUGGACAGAACUCAAUGCUUCUCUUGUGGAGGAGUUUUGAGGAAUUGGACACUUGAAGAUGAUGCGAUGGAUGAACAUAGAAGUCACUUCCCAGCCUGUCCGAUGGUUCUUGGAACAGAACAGAGAAAUAUCAAAGUCCCUGAAUAUCCUGAUACUCCAGAUGAAAGAGCAAGAAAUUAUCCAUGCAGAUUUCCAUCCAAUCCACAUAUGAGAAAUGAGGUUGCAAGACAAGAUACUUUUGAUCGUCGAUGGCCGGUGGGAAGAACAGCUGCAACUCCUGCAGAAAUAUCGCAAGCUGGAUUUUUCUUUUUAGGAGAGAGAGAUCGGGUGAAGUGCUGGUAUUGUAACGGAGGACUUCAGCACUGGGAAUAUGACGACAUGCCAUGGAUUGAACAUGCAAAAUGGUUUCCCACCUGUCAGUUCUUAUUGCAAGUAAAAGGACAACAUUUUGUGUAUCGCCAUUUGUCUCUCAGUCCACAUCUCGCUCGUCCAAUCAUUGCUCGACAAGACGGGUCACCACUAGAGGGAGGUAACCAACCAUCAAGACCGUAUGACAUACCACCAAGUGUCAGCAGAGUGAGACAACCAAGCCCCCCACCAACAAUAAUAGACCCACAGGAGGAAAUGAGGAAAAGAAAAGAGAAAGUGGAAAAAGUUAUCAAAGAAUCAGAUGCUGUGAAGAGUGUUCUGGGGAUGGGAUUCUCUGAAAGAAUUGUUCGAAUCCUUCUUGAAGAAAAACUAGAGGCAGGCGCAGAAGCGAACUCGCAAGAAAUCUAUGAUUCAGUCGCUGAAUUACUGGACGACGUUAUGAAGAAAGAACAGGAACUGCAAAGGGAAGAACAGGAAGAAAGGGACAGGAGAAUGAACGCUGUUUCGAGUAAUCAAGGAGCAGUUUCGAUGGGAUAUCCCUCAGGUUCUUCAGUAUACAGCACUGCAACCACACCAAUGUCAUCACUUGGGCCUUCUCCAGGAUCAGGAAAAUAUCAAGUUUCAUUAUUUGGUGAAAAUGAAGAUGAAGAAGCCAUGGAUCAGGAUAUGUAUGGAAGUGUUGCUGGAUCAUCCAAUCAGGAAACACCGGCCAAACAAUUGCAAGAACAAGAGGAAACUACCGUUUCAUUACAAGCUCAACUGAACAAGAUAGAAGAAGAGAGAAUGUGUAAAAUCUGUUUCAGUAAUCCUGCUGACAUGGUUUUUGUGCCAUGUGGACACAUGUGCUGCUGCAUGCAAUGCACGCAGGCGAUCACACAGUGUCCUAUGUGCAGAAAAAAGAUUCAAAAAGCCAUCAAAACUUACUCAUCCUAACAAUGGUGACCAGAUUUUCACAAGACUGGGUAAGUAUUGUUCUACAAUCGAAGGAUAUACUUGCCCAUGUCCAUGUGAAGUAUGGGGUGAUGGUAGAUCCAAAACACAUGAAACGGCUAUGCAGCAUUUGGCUUCUAAAACGAAUUCAUAUUUUAUUUAUCUCGACUUUUUUAAAUUCAGAAUGGUGGGAUAUUUAUCUUGUAAUGCAGUAAAAUUUUAUUCAAUUCAUUUGGACGUAUAAAUUAAAUUUUAAUUCAAUCAUUCUACUAAAAAUUUCUGUAAAUUUAUCAAUUUGUUUUACUUUGAGCAUAAAGAGUUAAUAUUUUUAAAAUUUUGAGAUUUGUGAUUGGCUAAAUAACUUUUCUACAUUACCCACUUACCUGACAUUGAAAACAGGGCAAAUAUAUCUUUUGAUUGAGAAUGUUCGAAGAUGAAAUGAUAUGGAGAAUGGAAUCGCAGAUUUCGGAUUGUCUAUUCAAGCAAUAAUGGCCAAAAUUUUGUUAUCACAGUUAAUUAUGAAUGUUUCUUUAUAUAUAUAUACCUGAUGCAUUAUUUGUAUACAUCUUAACAAUUUAUCAAACAAUACAUAAGUGAUGGUUAACUAAAUCAGGGAAAUUGUGGGUCAAAAAGAAAUAUAUGGCUGAUUUUUUAAAAUAACCAGGUGAAAAAAAAAUGGACAUAAUUUUUUUAAUAUCCCUUUAUAAUAAUGAAGAAAAUUUAUUAAACACUUCAACCUAUGUUUGUAUAUGACAGUACCUAGAAGUAAUUUAGGAUGUUGACACAAAAUUUAUGUUCUUAUUGGACUGAUCAAAAUGACCUGGGUUUUGUUUCCUUCGCAUUGCUGUUUCUCUGUGCUUGUGAAAAAGUAAUUCUUUUGAACAAUGACAAGCUGGUGGAUUAAAUGUGGUAAUUGUUGCGUAGUCGGUGGCAUCGAUACUUUUAACCCAGAAAAAAUGAUUUUUAAUUUUCAUGCUUGCCGGUAAAUAUUAUAUCUGUGUAAAAAUAUCCAAAACUGAAAACAUAUUUUCAAAAUUAUUCACGUAGUUUUAUGCGUGAAAAUACUUGCUUUUAUAAAGUAUAGACCAUUUAUAUAGUAUAUUUUAAAUUUGAUGACCAAAAAAAUGUUUUAUAACAGAUUCAUUAAACGCAUUGCUUUUUUUUAUAUUCCUUUCAUUGAUGUUACAACUUUUGGUAUUACCCAAAAGUUUCAGUUAGGGGUCUCCUUGUACUUGUAAAAACGUAAAUUUUUCGGAAAAGGAUAAGUUGGUGGAUUGAAUGUGGUAAAUGUCGUGGCACUAAUACAUUCAACCCAAUUAGAAUUAUAUUUGUCUAAGAAUAUAAUUAUAUUCUUAUCUUUUAUAGUAUGUGAAUGUGAUAAAUUAUUAUUAUAUUAUAAAGAUGGUAUUAUAUGAAACAGGGUUGUUCAAAACUAUAAAGGAAUAUCUUAAAAAUUAUAGUCCUAUACGUCGAAAUCCUUGGCUUCAUAAAUAGGGUCUUGGUUCAUAAAUAUCUGUAAUAUAUACAUUUUUAUAACUGACACUGAAAAUUUUUAUAAUAGCCCAGAAAAAAUAUCCUAUUCAAACGCGAUGUAUUCUUAUAUACAUAUGAAGCUUAUUCCCGCUUAUGCCCUAUAUGAAAUAUAUUUUAUUUUUUAAAAGCAAAAUUAUUCUAAAA